AAGCAUCAACCACGAGGACGAGGAGGAUCCUUGAAAGCAAAAGGUGAUGCUAUUUUGCUUUGCUUUCGGCUCUCUCGUUCGGUACAACCCAAGUUACAGAUUUCUUCCUUUUUCAUUAUUUUAUUUAUUUAUUUUCAAUCGAAACAAGGAAACUAAUAUCGAAUUUCGGCGCUUACCCAUACCAGUUUCUCUUUAAUUAUUUUUUCUAUAAUACCCCGUCCCCAUAGAAACCUCAAUUAUCUCUCUUCUUGUAAAAAAAUCUGGCUUCUUUUUAUUUAUUUAUUAAAGUUAGCCUAAAAAAUGCUGUGCACAAUGGUGUUGAUGCCCCGGAAGAAGAAAGUUGGAUCGGUUCCGGUUUAUUUGAAUGUAUAUGACUUGACUCCGAUUAAUGGUUAUGCUUAUUGGUUUGGCCUUGGGAUCUAUCAUUCUGGGGUUCAAGUUCAUGGAGUUGAAUAUGGUUUUGGAGCGCAUGAGCAUUCGGCGACUGGAAUUUUCGAAGUGGAGCCCAGGCAGUGUCCUGGUUUCACGUUUAGGAAAUCUAUUUUAAUUGGAAGGACCGAUUUAGGUCCGAAAGACGUUCGUUCGUUUAUGGAGAAACUCGCUACAGAUUACUCCGGGAACACUUACCAUCUCAUCACAAAGAACUGUAAUCAUUUCUGCAAUGAUGUGUGUAUCCAAUUGACAGGGAAACCAAUUCCUAGCUGGGUUAAUCGACUUGCUAGACUUGGUUUCCUUUGCAACUGUGUUCUCCCAGCAGAGUUGAACGAGACGAGAGUUCGCCAAGUUAGAUCAGAAGGUAAGCUUCAACCGGUAGAGAAGAAGUUAAGAAGCCAACCAAGUAAGUUCGUACCUUCUUCUAAACCUCUACCUCCUUCAUUGAAAUCUUGCCCUCCAGGCCCUGCCAUGAGUAGUAGACAAAGGCGAUGUAUUCCAUCGUCGUCUUUGAUUCAUAGUUCUUCGACCUCGACUUUGAGUUUGAAGCUUUAGUUAGAACUUUCAAGUAUGGUACAGUUUUAAGGUUUUAAAUUUUGGGAAGUCCAACAGUAGUAGAUGAAAUUACAAAUGCAAAUAUUUUUAUAUCUCACUUCUGUUUCUACUCGGUUCAUGCAUAGAAACAGGUGCUUGGAAAAUUUGCAGCAUUUCAAUUUCUCUGUAAUAUGCUGUUUGAUGUGGAAUUGAAUGGAAAAGAUCCUUGUAUUUUGCA